AUGGUCCUUCAAAACAACUCGGAUGGACUUCACCUGACUUUCUUGCUGACAAAGAGCGGCUCGGAAAAGCCUCUGAGAGCGCAGCUGAAAGCCGACGAGAUUCUCCCAUCAGGCGAGAUACGAGAAGUAUUCCCACGCUCAUGGUACAAUUUGAAGCAAGGAGAAAAAACAAAAAUGCUCCUCAUCAGGAAACCAGACGCAACCAAAGACGACAACAGCGCGGACGAGAUAACACUGCAGUGCAAAAUCGGCAUGCAGUGCAUUGUCCAGGACGAGUUGGCUGUAGUAGACGCUGCAGAACCACACGCCAGUAUAGUGAGGGGCCUGGGCGAGAUGCUGCAAAAAGAAGUCCUCACGGACUUCGAGCUACACGCAGGAGGCACGGUUCUGAAGGCACACAGGGCCUUACUGUCUGUGCGGAGUCCUUACUUUGCUGCCAUGUUGCAGCCGCACACGAAGGAGGCACAGGAAGGCUUCGUGAAAUUCUCGGACGUGAAGUCGGAAGCGCUGAAGCAGGUUCUGCUGUACGUGUACACCGGUGUGGCGCCGGCCCUCAGGGAGAUGCCGUGGGACCUGCUGAUAGCCGCCGACAAGUACCAGCUGCGACACCUGAAGCGCCAGUGCGAGGCCCACAUCGCCAGCUGUCUCAGUGUGGACAACGCCGCAGAAACUGCAGCCAACGCCUCGCUUUUCUCCUGCGACAUUCUGUGGGACCGUGCGGUCCUUUUCAUCAAGCGCAACCUCUACCAGGUGAUGCGCACCCGUGGAUGGACUGAGACCAUAUCCACGCACCCGGAAGCCAUACAGCGUAUCAGCGAGCAAAUGGCAUGA